AUGUUUGCCUGGCGCGCCGGCCUCGACACAAGAACUGGUGCGCCGGGGUUGAGGGCUCUCGGGGUCGUCCUCCCAAACUGGGACGUUUGGCUGGACGGCGGCGCGCCUCCCUUGACCUAUAGAGUGACGCAGGUGCUCACGGCCAACGGAUGCUUCGGCGAGUAUCUGCGCCGAAUCGGAAAGGAGGCGACCGCGCGUUGCCAUCACUGUGACGCAAGAGUGGACUCGGCGCAGCACACCCUGGAACAUUGCCCGGCGUGGGCAGCGCUGCAACACUCUCUCAUCGGGGAAAUAGGGCUCGACCUCUCGCCACCGGCGAUCUUUAAGGCGCUGUUGACGAGCGAGAGAGGCAGGAAGGCCGUAACCUCCUUCUGCGAGCAAGUGAUGCUGUGGAAAGAGGCGUCGGAGCGGGAGAGGGAGCGGGCCUCCCAUCCCGAGAGGAUUGGCCGAAGAGGACUUGGCGGUGCCCGUGGACGCGCCUAUAUGGCGCACGGGAGAGCCGCAGCGACCUCCGAAGGGGAAUGA